AUGGUUCCGGCGACACUGCGGGACACUGGUGGCCGGCGUCGCUGCUGCUGCCGGUGGCCAGCUGCAGAGCGGUGCGCCCCACGCAACGACGGCCGCUGCGCGAGGGGUGCGGACACCAACUGGCGGCGGCCGCCGGCGCACAGGAUUCUGGAAGCCCUCCCCAUGGAGUUCUGGGACGACGACGAGGCGUGGAAGUGCUCGCAGUCUGACUUGGCCGACCUCGUCAACGCCGAGCCGGACCCUCUGGCCGGCCUGCUCUGCCAUUCACCAAGGGGGGACACCAUCGCGGACGUGCUGCUGUCGCUCAAGCACGCCGUCGUACACCCGAGCUCGCCGGCGGCGGGUGCCGGGCCCUACGGGGCCGGGCCGGCCGAAGCCCCGCCGCCGCCACCACCUCCACACAUGUUCCCCACCUCGAUGAGCGUCAACCUGUCCAUGAACAUGACCAUGGGAGUGGCCGGAUGGGAGCCCAGCUACGCCGCGCAGUGGGGGCCUCCGCCCUACCACCACCAUCCGCAGGAAGACCUCUACGCGAGUGCUGGCUACGCGACGGACGUGGUCGCCCCGCCGCCUCCGCCCGCGCAGCACCAGGUCGUCGGAGGCCAGGUCGGUGCCGUGAGCCAGGGCGGCGUCGUCACAGGCGUACAGGGCGCGGUUCGCGGCUCCGACGGUCGUGUCAACCUGUGCGGUAUCUGCGGCAAGGCAUACGCGCGGCCUAGCACUCUCAAGACGCACCUGCGAACGCACUCGGGCGAGCGGCCGUACCGCUGCCUGCAGUGCAGCAAGUGCUUCUCGCAGGCGGCCAACCUGACUGCGCACCUGCGCACGCACUCCGGAGAGAAGCCGUUCCGCUGCCCGGUGUGCGAGCGCCGGUUCUCUCAGAGCUCGUCGGUGACGACGCACAUGCGCACGCACUCGGGCGAGCGGCCCUACCGCUGCUGCCUCUGCAAGAAAGCCUUCUCGGACAGCUCCACGCUGACCAAGCAUCUGCGCACCCACUCGGGCGAGAAGCCCUACCAGUGCCGGCUCUGUCUGCUCCGCUUCUCGCAGUCGGGCAACCUGAACCGGCACAUGCGCGUGCACGCCAACGCCUCCUGA